AUGCACCUGGUCGCACCCAAAGGAGCACCGGACGCGCGGCAACGCUCUUUCGAGGUUCCGGAUUUUUCGGGUCGACAGGUGCCCUUCCACGAGAUCCAUAUCCCUGCGAAAGGGGAUAACUGGGACUGUUCUGAGGCGAUGCCCGAGGUUGACGAGGAGAGGUCACUUGUGAGGCAGCUCUUGCCGGUGGUGUUUCUGCUGACACUGGCUUCCUCCUUCUUGCUGGGCGGCCCGAAGAUCGGGCUUUUGGAGACCAGCAUUUGGAUAGGGAUCAUCGUGUAUUUCUACGCUGAAGGUGUACUGCAUGUGCAUCGCCUCAGCAACGCCUAUCUCACCUACUGCACUCAGCUGGGCUUGAGCACUUGUGCCGCCCAUGGCGACCGUGUGUGGGGCCUCUACGAUGACAUGCCCUGGCUCAGCUGGACUUUCUUGGGCCGACGCUGGGACCGAAAGGACUUGCAGACUCGUGAGCUGGUCGCCAAUUUCCCGAGCAUCCUGGCCUUCGUAGUCGGCUACCUCCUGACCAAAGCAGUCUGUGGAGCCUCCCGAUUAACCACGCGAUUCACGAGUUUCAAGCUGGACCUCGCCGCAACUCUUGUCCUUGGCGCCGGCUACGUGGCGUUCCUCCACGAGUUCACGAUUCUGCAGCCCGCAGCCUACGCGCUGCUGAACUACGCGGUCUCACGCUUCUUGGCCACCCGCUGCCGGCCUCUGCUGGUCCCCGCCAGUUGGUUGCUGGGGAUCUUGGCUCUGGCGGCGGCUGGUCGGCAGCUGAGCCUGGAGUCCCUCCUAUCUCUGGGCAUCAACCCCCGCACCUCCCGGCGUUUGGAAAACUCCAAAGCCUUAGAAGGCUUGCCCCUCACAAAGCCCUUUCUGGGCGCUCUGGCCCACUUGAGGGCUUGGGGGCGGUGGAUGGACCGCUUCCAGGGAGAGCUUUCCUGGUUCAGCGUCCUGCGCUUCUGGGUCCUGCGCUGUAUCAGCUGGAGCGCGGACCUCUCCCGCAGCCUUGCUUCGGCCUCCAAAGCGGAGGCACACCCGGCAUACCCUGAACCUCCCACGGAACAUGGCGACCGAGUGGAAGCCAGCCGACCGCUCCGGGAAUAUCAGUCAUUCCAGCUGUAUUGGGCUUACCUGCUCUAUGCACCCCUGUAUAUGACCGGGCCCAUCAUCUCCUUCAACGCCUUCGCGUCGUACAUGGAGCGACCUCAGCGCGAGGUUUGGGGUUGGUCCUUGGUGAAGUACUGGCUCCGGUGGCUCCUAAACACCUUCCUCUUCAUCGCCUUCGGCCACUUUUUGUACACCUCUGCCUUGGCCGUCAAUGGACCACUACCGGGGCUCAGAGACAACAAGGCCGUGAUCUUUGACAACCUCUUGAACUUUGGCCUGGACGGGGAGACCAUGAUCUGGUUCUCUUUCUUCUCUUUGAAGGGGCUUUGGUUCAAGUUCCUCGUCAUCUGGCGCUUUGCAAGAGCUUGGGCUCUAACUGACGGUGUCAAUUCUGUAGAGAACAUGGAGAGAUGCAUGUGCAACAACUACUCGGUCAGAGACUUCUGGCGGGGCUGGCAUCGAUCCUUCAACCGGUGGCUGGUGCGCUACCUCUACGUGCCCCUCGGAGGAUCGGGGUCCCUCCUACAACAGCUUGGAAGCACAGCUUUGGUCUUUACUUUCGUGGCAGUCUGGCACGAACCUACCUUGCUGCACCUGCUGAGGGAGGAGCAAAGACUGCUUGUCUGGGGCUGGCUUCUGGCCCUGUUCGUGGUCCCAGAGAUUGCAGCAGAACGCCUUUGCAGCCUACCUGGUGCCAUGUGCAUACAGAUGCUCAUCGUUGCCAAUCUUGUCGGCUACUCCUACGGCCUCAAAGGGGCCAGCUAUCUGUUCCUCACCGUGAGCAAUUGUAGAAUGUGGCGUUUCCUCUCGUUCUUCGUUAUGUGGCUCUUCGCCAAGACGCAGUUGAUGCUAAUCAUUAGGCAACACGAACGCCGCGCAAGUUGCCCAAAGCUGGCAACGUCCAAGGUCGCCGUCAAGCAGAUUGAUUGGGACAAGUCCAGCGCGGGGGAACCGGGGCAACGUGCGUUUGAGCGCGAAGUUGCGGUUCUCAUGAGGACCUGUCACGAAAACCUCGUCCAGUUCCUGGGCAUCUCGUCAAUUGAAAGGCCUUUCCGGAUCAUCACAGAGUUCUGCGCGGGAGGCUGCGUCUUUUCCCUGCUCCACAACCAGGAGCUUCUCCUUUCUUGGUCGCAGAAGCUACGGAUCUGCGUGGACGUCGCGAAGGCGAUGAGGUACCUCCACGAGUUCAACCCGCAGGUGAUCCACAGAGACUUGAAGUCCCUGAACCUGCUCCUCAGCAGCCCGGUGAGAAGUCAGGAGGACGUGCCCUUCACCAAGGUCUCGGACUUCGGGCUGGCGCGCAUCAAGUGGCAGGCACCGGACUCCAGCUGGGGGAAGAUGACUCGCGCAGCAGGAACUUGCCAUUGGAUGGCCCCGGAAGUCUUUGUGAGCCACACUUACGACGAGAAGGUGGACCUCUACUCCUAUGCCAUGAUCCUGUUUGAGGUCAUUUGCCAGGAGAUUCCCUUCGAGGAUCAGAACCCGGCUGAGAUCGGCCGCUUGGCGGUGAAAGGCUGCCGUCCCGACCUGGCCUCUGUGCCCGAGGAGUGCCCCGAGAUUCUCUGCAAGCUGAUGCAAUGCUGCUGGGUGCGCUCUGAGUCCGAUUCGCGAGAGGGGAUGUGCAGCUUUGUAUUGUGGACCUUUAGGUAUAAUCGAAGAGCCGACUUGUAG